UUGUUUGUACGCACUGCAAGCUCGAGCUGAGGAAAUCUGGCUGAACCGAUCGGACAGCGGACAUGGCCCAUAAAUAGUCCCACUUGAAAAUUCUCGUCUUAUAUUCGAAACGGUCGGCAGAGAGAUUCUUGAACCUGAAAGAGCGGAUUUGGCAAAUAGUUUUUGACGUUUGUAAACUCCCCUGGACAUGCGACGACAGAAAGAGAGAGAUCGAGAGAGAGAGAGAGGGAGAGAGUUCCGGCGUUGGAAUUCCUGUAACAAUAUGGCCGGGGAUUCAUCUCUGGGGCGUCCGAGACUCCAGUUCUCCGGCCAGUUUGCUUGCCGCCCCUGCUCAUGAGCUCCUUGGCUGGCCAGGCUCGGCGGCUCAAACGUCGGAGCCCCUCCUCAUCAUCCCCCCCGGCAAUGGAACGACCCCCGAUUGCUCCCGAGCUCUCUCUUCUCUCGAGGCUUCGUAGCCUCCGAUGGUCGACGAUCUUCGUCGCCAUUGUCAAUGUCGUGGUCGCCUCCAUCGCCUCGUUCAUCGGAGUCAAGAUCGCUGCACGGUGCGGCUUCAACGUGGCUCUCCCGUUCCUUGUGGUGUUGUUGUUAGCUGCUGCCCGCAUGGCUUCGAUGGUCGGAACCGGCAUUGCUCAAAAGGCGACGGCCAUCACGAUCCUUAGUCAUCAGCUGGAUGAUGCAGCCGCCGAGGCGGUAGUCCGCCAGGAUAGACGUUUGAAGUACAAACGCUGGCUAUGGUGGACUCGUUUUGGGAUGCUGAUCACCCUAUUGCAAUUUUUUGGUGCUAGCUACUUGGUGUUUAUCAUCAUGAAAGAAUUUUCUCUGGGACAAAAAAAUAGAUGCUCUGGAGUGCAGGGUGCAGAUGAAAAUAGGAGGACAAAGUUCCUAAUCGUUAUCUUGCUUAUCCUCGUGUGGCUUCUGGUUUCUAUACAAUUUUGUAUAGGGUCAGAUGUAUUAAGAUGGAGAUCAUUCUAUGCUACUCAUGAUAGUGCAUGGAGGGCUCAUUAUAGUGAGGUAUUUGAUCAUGGAAUUCGAGAAGCUUUAUGCUGUCUGGGACGCAUAAAAUACUUAAGCGUGUUGGAGGAGGAUGAGGUAUAUUCUGUGGCAAGAUUGUUGGGUGAUCUUUUCGCAUAUCGUGCUGCAGGCACGGGGCAUUUAGAACUUUUGGCAGGACUUGCGCUGCUGCAAAGACGUGGGCGGGCUGCAGUUUCACAUGACCAACUUAUGGAGGCACCUGUUGAUAGAAUUCAGGAAGCUGCUGUAUAUCAUCAGUUUGCUGAAGCUGCGUACACGGGACCUCUUCUUGAUUUUGGAAGAAACCCUGUUCUAUUUCCUUGUGCAUGGCUGUUCAGACAAGGGAUUUUGGCUCCAUGGGCCUGUCAAAGACGACCAUUGCUUGAAGGUGAUAACUGGUGGCGUGGUCAUGCAGCGGCAUUUCUGAAAUUUGUUGAUCUUCCUCCAAGUGGUCUUCGCCGUGGCCGUGUUAGUCAGGUGAAACGUGAGGCAGCAUACUUUGUUGUAGUUUUACAUCAUUUGAGGUCUGUGGUGAUUGCUGUACGAGGAACUGAGACUCCGGAAGACCUUCUGACUGAUGGCUUGUGCAGGGACUGUAUACUUACAGAUGAAGACUUGGAUGGCCUGAUCAAUAAUGAACAUCUAAUAGUAGAUGCCAGGAGACUUGUGCUUUCAACUUACCCCCACUAUGGGCACUCUGGAAUUGUUGAAUCUGCACGAGAGCUGCACAUGCAAUUGGAUGGAAAAUCUGAAGAAAAUGAGGGCCAUGGAUUUCUUUCUUCACUUAUGGGGGCUGGAGGCGAGUGUCAUGGAUAUCGUAUCCGAAUUGUUGGUCACUCUUUAGGAGGUGCAGUAGCCACCUUGCUUGGAAUACGGCUAUGUCGAAAAUAUCCAAAUUUGCAUGUCUAUUCAUAUGGAACACUUCCUUGCGUUGAUCCAGUAAUUGCAGAAGCAUGUUCACACUUCGUAACAAGUAUUAUAUACAAUGAUGAGUUCUCGGCACGACUUUCAAUAUGUUCAGUCCUCAGGUUACGUGCUGCAGCAAUUGCAGCCCUUGCUCAGGAUUCUUCUGCUAAUUCAGCUAUGAUAUGCAAGCUUGCCAGAAGGAUUUUGCAAACAAAUCAAUCUCAUGCAACGGGAGAGAAAGAAAUUUUUUCUUCUCCUUUUACUGAGAAUUUGCCUGCUGUGGAUAGUAGCCAAUCCUACAGAAGGCGGCACUAUAUUUAUACAACCGAAGGGAGUGAACGAGUCCAAGAUAUUCUCAUCCAAGAAGCAAAUGCCAUUGUAGAUGUCUCCACUUCAGAAAAAUGUAUAGACUUUUUUGAUGAAAAUAUUUAUGGAACCAAUCAUGAUACACGACCUUAUCCUGGGGCUGCAAAUGAUCUAUUCCCUUCUGGAGAUAUUUUAAUUCAUAUUUCUGAUGGUGAAUCAUCAACUCAGCCUUCUAAACAGGAACCCCAGGAAGUGUUUCUCCCAGGCCUUAUCAUUCAUAUAAUACCAGAAAGCAGGAAGACAUUUUUAGCUCUCUGUAAAAGCUGGAAAGGUCAUGGUGAAGAUGGAAACUUUAGAGCUUACAUAGCUAGCAGAGAGACUUUUAAGGAUCUUGUGGUUUCACCCUACAUGUUCCUUGACCAUCUGCCGUGGAGGUGUCAUUAUGCACUGCAAAGGGUACUAGAAGAACGGGGAAUUUGUGGUAAACUUGAGGACAACUUCCUAUGUGAAGGUGUAACUGUCUAAGAGUGGCCUGAUGAUCAAAUGAACCAUGGUAGCAAUUCUAUUUUAUUUUCAUAUUUGUGAGGGUCUCAAUCAAAUGGGCAGAGGCUUGAUUUCAGAAAAUGUAUAUUCUUGUAUCCAUCAACAAUUCUAUUCUAUAUUUGUAAUCUCAUUAAGAUAGUCAAUUCUAUCUGUUGUAUAUGCAAAUGCAGAAUGAUGCUAUUUCCAUUGGAUGGAAGAUGCAUUUGAUGUCAUGCUGACAUCUUAUAUGCUAGUCCAACUGUUUAACAGCUCGUUUAUUAUGGGUUCUGUAGAUCAGUAGCAGACUAGCAGUAUGUUAUAUUUGACCCUGAUGAGAAACAAAAUGUACAAUUAACGAGACCUGCAAACACUAUUGUAUUGGUGACACACUCUCUGAUCAAUUAUUAGUUAUUUCUUUUCAUCUCA